AUGGUUGUGUACAGAGGAGUGGGCGGAGCCUACAGCCCAGCAUCAUCAGAGAGCAGACCCAGUGAACUGGGCCCUGCUGGCAGUCUGCGUUUCAGGAACCAUCUUCAGAUCUUAUUUGAAGUUCUGUUUGAAGGUCUGAUGAAGCUGAAGGUCCGAUUUGUCAGAACCGUGCACAUCGAACGGUACUCGUCGGCCGGCUGCCUGCUGGCGCUGCACCACAGCGAGAAACCGGACCACGAGGAGGUGUGCGAGUUCCGGCCGUACACCUGUCCCUGUCCCGGCGCCACCUGCAAGUGGCACGGCUCGCUGGAGGCCGUCAUGCCUCACCUGAUGCACGCCCACAAGUCCAUCACCACGCUGCAGGGCGAGGACAUCGUGUUCCUGGCGACGGACAUCAACCUGCCCGGCGCCGUGGACUGGGUCAUGAUGCAGUCCUGCUUCAGCCACCACUUCAUGCUGGUUCUGGAGAAGCAGGAGAAGUACGAAGGACACCAGCAGUUCUUCGCCGUCGUCCUCCUCAUCGGCACCCGCAAGCAGGCCGAGAGCUUCGCCUACCGCCUGGAGCUGAACGGCAACCGGCGCCGGCUCACCUGGGAGGCCACGCCCCGCUCCAUCCACGACGGCGUGGCGGCGGCCAUCUUGAACAGCGACUGCCUGGUGUUCGACACGUCCGUGGCUCACUUGUUCGCCGACAACGGGAACCUGGGCAUCAACGUCACCAUCUCCAUGUGCUGGAGAGACCACCAGAACCUUUAGAACCCGGCAGCAGGGAGGCUCAGACCCGCGGGAGGUCUGGUUGGUUUCUGAUCAUCGGGAAGAAACGGUUGAACUCUCGAGAAGAAACCUGGAGAAGCUCCCAGAGGCGGGCCUUUAUCAGAUCCUCAGAGCUUGGACCUUCAGAACCAGGAAGGUUCUAAUGUAUCGGACUUCCUGUGGCCUUCACAGCAUCUUUGCAAUAAUCUGGUCUGGUUUCACCAGCAGAGUCCAGGUCCUGGUUCCGUACUGGGUCAUGAAAGAACAGGAAGUAAUGGAAAAAUGAGCAUGGAGUUCUGAGUGUCGAUAAAACGGGUCCAGAACCAACCAGGACUGAAACCACACCGUCGACCCGGGCCCUUUACUGGACCUGUCCAGCUCCAGAGGUUCUGUUCAGAUAAAAACUGGGACAAACCUACAGAAACGGGUUCUGGUUCCUCACGGCGGUUCUGUUUGGAUUAAA